CGGAAGUGCGGGGGCUGAGGGAGCGCCGGCGCCGGCCCAAACAGAAAAAAGGAUCAAAGCCGAAGGAGGGGGGGGAGCCUUUCCUUGUUUUGCAGGCGCCAAAAGGUUGACUCGACACUUCCGCACAACAGAAGACAUACAUCGAUACCCACCAACCCCUCCCCAGUAUAGAGAGUCUUAAAGAGGUCGUGGCUAGACAGUCUAGACAUUCUUCCCUCUUCUCUCCCACUCUCUCUUCCUCCUUUACUCUCUUCCUUUGCCGGCUGUCUCUGCAAGUGUUAGGAAUGAUCCGCUCAGCUACCCCUAGAGCCCUUCGCAGGGCGCUCCAAAGGGCUGGCUCCUCGGGAAGUGCCUCCCCUUUCUCCUCCUCUUCUUCGGCGGCGGCGACCUCGAUACCAGCAGCAGUAGCAUUGAUACCCUCUCCAUCCUCAUCAUUAUCAUCGUCGUCGUCCCUAGCAUCAUCAAGGUCAUCAUCAUCAUCAGUAUUGCGCCAGCAUAGCGUUCCUCAUCCCUCGCGUCGCAGCCUCCAUUCUUCCACCUCACUCGGAAGCGCAUGGCCCGUAGGAGCCUCAGCGGGGGAAGUGGAAGGAGAGUCUUCUUCUUCGACCUCUUCUGCUGUACCAAGCUCAAGCUCAAGCUCAGCCUCAGGAAGCGGUAGCGCUAAUGGCAAUGGCUCCUCCUCUAGCACCUCGCAGGACAGAAGGCCAAUUGACUUGACGGAUGCGGGCAGCUCGAGGGGUACACGGCAGAAGUUGGAGAUGCCAAAGAGCAAGGCGGUCAAGUCUUUGAUGGAUUUGAGAGAUAUGAAGAAGAAGGGCAAAGCAAUAGCUUGCUUGACGGCCUACGACUACCCGACUGCCCUCUCUCUGCGUCGGUCCGAUAUCGACAUCUGUCUCGUGGGCGACUCCAUGGCAAAUGUAGCCCUCGGGCACGCAUCCACCCAAUCCCUCUCCCUCGACGCUACCAUCCACCACUGCCAAGCAGUGUACCGUGGUCUCUUCUCUCCAGUCCUCUCCAUGUCCCCCGAUACCCCCGGAGCGCCAAUCCUCAUCGUGGAUCUGCCAUUUGGUACCUUCCACGAUUCUGUAGAGCAGGGAGUGCAGACGGCCGUGCGACUGCUCAAGGAGGGUGGGGCAGAUGGCGUCAAGAUCGAAGGAGGGAAAGAGAUUCUCCCCCUCGUGCGGCGUCUCACCCAAUUCGGCAUCCCCGUCAUGGGUCAUCUCGGUUUACAACCACAGCGAGUCGCCUCUACGGCAGGUUAUCGCCUCCAAGGUCGUACUGCCGACGAGGCUUCGCUCAUCCUUGAAGAGGCGCUAGCCCUACAGGAAGCAGGCGCCUUUAGCAUCGUCCUCGAAUGCAUUCCCAACAAGAUUGGAGAACUCGUCUCUCAACAAUUGGAGCGGACAGUCACCAUUGGAAUUGGAGCAGGACCAAUGUGCGAUGGACAGAUCCUUGUAACGAAUGACCUACUGGGAGAACUUACCAGUCCAUGGCAUGUAGUUCUUGGGCUUGAGGAGACGGGCAAGUCGACGACGACGACAACGACUGCUGCUGAAUUGCUGCCACGGCUGCACCCUUCUGCCCCCAAGGGGCCCAAGUUCGUGCGCAACUUUGCCGAAGUAGCUCUACAAUCCAUGUCCAAGUCCAACUCUAGCAGCUCCAGUACCAGUAGUAGCGGAAGCAGCGACCUUGCAGCCACUGCGGGUGCUGGCGCAUUUGGUCUUGGCGCUCUACGCCUCGCGGCAGUCGAGGCGUACGUGCAGGCAGUCAGGGAGCGCUCUUUCCCCGAUCCGGAGCGCGAGGGGUAUAAGAUCAAGGGCGAUGAAUUGAGAGAGUUUGUAAGGAGGUUGGAGGGGAUGAAGAAUGUAAAGAAUUGAGCUGGAGCUUGGAGUUUGGAGCUUGAGACUGGAUCUUGGGAUUGGACUGACGAUACCAAGACGGGUGUGGUGCAGGCUGCGUAUGUGAUUGCAGGGACGGAGAGCAUACCCCACCCACACAAGACCGACAGUGUAGAUCGAGGCGUUUUUCAUCCUCGGCAUCAUC